CACCAAGCCUGAAGCUGCCUUUCAGAACGAACACACAACUCGUAGCGCUACCUCCUGUUCAUCUUCCUCCUCCUCCUCCUCCUCCUCCUCUCCCACCCCCCACCCCUCUAGCCCUCUUACAGACAACACGACAGCACAGAGCAGAAUGCAAGGGGCUGUUAAAUGAGGAGGGUGAGAGUGGAAUCAAAAAAAAGGGAAGCGAAGCACAUGGGGGGAGGGAAGUUAACAUGACAGCAUGUGAAUCAAAGACGAAGAGAGAGAGGAAACAGGGAUCAGCACAGUAAUACAGAGAGAUGCAAAUCUUAUGCAUCAGAAAUAAACCUCAUCUUUCAACUGCUGCUUUGAUAUACACAAUACGACAAGCAAGGACAAUGAGAGGACCCAGGGCUGCAGCUCUCUACUCCCUCCGGCCAAACGCAGCAGCAGCAUAGCACCGUUAGCAUCAAGCCUCUGGGGACAAUGCGCAAAGGCAGAGGGGGAACCUACAUUUAAACGGGCAAUCACUAGAGAUGCAACGUUAGGGUGGACUCCUGGCACCUUACAGCUGUCUUGGCCGACCAAAACCAAGUGAUUUGUAUAUAUGGGAAGUCAGUUAGCAGCUGACAACUGGCCUUACAAUGACAACUUUCUGGCUGAAUUAGUCAUGCCCUAACCAUGCAGUGGAAACGACGUCACUGCUGUACAUACACAGCUAAACUUUUAUAUCUCCUCUCAUUGUUGGGUGUACUGGUCUUUCUGGUCCACCAGGUGUGGCUGCCUAGGGUCACAGGUGUGCCAUGGUGGAGACGCCAUCCCGUGGUGUACGGGGGUGGUGAACAUCAUGCCACCAAAGCCAAGUGGAACGUCAGUGCUCAACAUUCAGCGUGGAGGUUUGUCACUGUUCCUCAGCCGACUUUCAAGGCUGUUGCCAACAACAACUCCCAUGAGAAGCUGAGUGUCUCCUCUUCUCCAGGUGACCCAAGUUUUGAGAACACUUCAGCAGCCAAUGUAGAGGGAGAACUUAGUGGCCCUAUAACCCGUGGGCCUUUCACUUAUAUCAUCAAUGAGCCAGACAAAUGUGCAGAGAGCAGGCCUGUACCAUUUCUAGUGCUGCUGAUAGCCACUGAAGCUCGGCAGGUGGAGGCAAGAAACGCCAUACGGCAGACAUGGGGCAAUGAGAGUGUGGCUCCGGCUCUGGGAUUCAUCCGGCUGUUUCUGCUGGGGAAAAAUGAGGGAGAGCUGGGACUUUUACAACAGAGGAUGCUAGAAGCAGAAAGCCGGAGAUAUCACGAUAUAAUUCAGCAAGAUUUUAUGGAUUCCUAUAAAAACCUGACCAUUAAGACAUUGAUGGGAAUGAACUGGGUGGCAAUUCACUGCCCACAAGCCAGCUAUGUCAUGAAGACUGACAGUGACAUGUUCGUCAACACAGAGUACCUAAUUUACAAGCUGCUCAGGCCAGAAAUUAAGCCUAGAAUGAACUACUUCACCGGAAAUAACAUGAGAGGCUUUGCACCCAACCGAAACAAAAACAGCAAGUGGUACAUGCCCCCUGAGCUGUACCCAAGUGACAAGUAUCCCACCUUCUGCUCUGGGACUGGUUACGUCUUCUCUGGAGACUUGGCAAGGAAAAUCUAUCGAGCAUCGCUAAGUGUCCCUCACUUGCAUCUGGAGGAUGUGUAUGUGGGGAUAUGCCUGGCCAAGCUCCAGAUCGAGCCCACUCCUCCAUCCAAUGAGUUCCUAUUCAACCACUGGCGGGUGUCUUAUUCCAGCUGCAAGUACAGCCAUCUGAUAACGUCACAUGGGUUUCAUCCCAAUGAACUACUGAAAUACUGGCAUCACCUGCAGAGCAACAAACUCAAUGCCUGCAUCAACACAAUGAGGGUGAGAGCAGGCAGGACACACACACACAGAAUGAAAGAGAAACCUGCUUGAUAACUGAAAAUGUUACUGUUAAAAAAAUCUCAGCACAUGCUCUUCUUUACUUGAUAUCAAGGGAUUCAUAAAACAAUGGGGAUAUGGGAACUGAAUAGAAAUUCUGCAUAGAUGUGUAAAAACUAAUGAUGUGCUCUAAAUGAUUGCCAAUUUUGUACACAAGAGAUGAAAAAUGUUUUUUGUGAGUGAAAUUACUAGAGAUUUUAUGUACAUGGUUAUAUUUACAAAAGGAUAAGUUUGACUGUGAUGCAAAAUCUAUUUUUUUGCAAUAAGGUAAGAUCUACGGUAUGUAUUUUAUAAAUGUGCACAGGGUAUAGUGCCAAUAAAAAUAUUCCCACAUGUGCAUCAAA